AUGGGAAAAGAUCUGGCCUUCAGUGCCAUAGUGCCCUAUGGUGUCCCACAGGGAUCCCUCUUGGGACCAAAGCUAUUUUCGAUCUUAGUAAAUGACUUGCCUGACUGUAUACCAAAUGGUGAAAUCCACCUCUAUGCUGAUGACACCACAGCAUUCGUUAUUGGAAAGAAUGAUAAUGAGGAAACACUCCAAGAGGUUCACCCGCACCUUGCAAACAUAAUUUUGGAACUUGAAAAAAAGGAACUGGGAAGUGAAGAGCAAGCUGAAAGGGCAAGACAGUCACCUGACUCAAAAACUACAUCCAUUCCACAAGAAAUUAAGAACAGCAUCAUUCAUGAAUUCUUGGUAUCAGAGGAAGGUUUCACUGAGGACUGCACAAUACUCACUCAUCUAAACCAGACUGAGGGCCGCUCUCCAGUAAUUUUCAGGGAAAUACCUCAGUUGAAUGAGGAACCCCCGGUUUGUGAACCUUCAACUUCUGUGGAGUCGCCUGUGGAUGACUCGGCUCAAAUCGGAGAGUUGAGAAAGUCAGUUGUUACUCAAAGGUUAGCAACCCUUUUUAAAGAUGAGAUAGGAAACUGCUGGAAAGACCUCGGAACAUUUCUUGGAGUUCCUGAGAGCAUACUUCGCAACAUAGAGAUUGAUUACGAUAGAGUUCGCGAAAAGGGAGGUGCUGUUCUCCAGUCAUGGAGGGAUAAGGAAGGUAGCAAGGCAACUGUGGGACGUCUUGAGUCUCUCCUUAUUGCGAUGGGAAAGAAAAGGAUCGCAGAAAAGUUGCUAGAAAUGGUACGAAAAGAAACGAGUAGCAGCGCGGAGGAAGAAAAGGCAGUAGGUGGCUGCAAACUAGGAGAAACCAAAGAGGAACGCGGGAAAACUAAAGAAGAGCUCUUACUUAAGAAGAAAAAGGCUGCAAGAGGGAAGGGAACAUCAAGGAAAGAGUUACGUCGAGCCGAACGGUAGGACAAUCCAGUCUGUUUCGUUGGUAGAAAACCAAGUGAAGAGCUCAAAGAAGUCGAAGAAAACAAUGCUACUACAAAUAAAGAAAAACUGCGGAAAGACAAAGUCAUGUGACGGAUAUGAUAGUUAGUUGAAUAAAUUGGCAAAACCCUAGAUUGAAUGGGCUUGAAAACAUUUGCAUAGGCUUCUACUGACUUGAUAGGCAGGAUGCAUUUUAAAUAUGUCGACCAAAUAAUUCUGCUUGUCCCCUCCAACUUUUUUAUAGACAAGUUGGAGGGGAAUGAUAUAAGAUUUCUUCAUUAAGUCAGAAGCGAUACGCCAGACUACUAAUAAACGUCUAUAUUAUGAUGAACAGGCAUGCUUACGCGUCUUUGAGUGAACUGAAUAUAAAAGUUUACGCAGACAUUCGCUUUUAUUUUCAAACUCUUUCUUCAGUCGUGUAAUGUUAUCGUUCGGUUGAGAGUAGUCCUGAAAGGGUCUGUUGACGGUUAAAGUGACUGAAGUUUGGAAAGCUCACGUUGGAAGCUGGGAUUCGAGUAAAAAGUACUUAAAAUGAUGAUAUUUGUUACUAAAACUGCCUGUUGGAUUUCUAAGCUUCUUAAUUGUACCAUUGAACACGGAAAAAGCUUGACACAAGUGUCAAGUGUGACAUGCCUUAUGAGACCGUGGAGGUUUACAAUUUUCAAUUAUCGUAGAUCUGAAUGUCUCUGGCUAGAUAAACGAACGUCAUCAACACUGGAACUUUUGAAUUUGAGAGUUUCCAUUUUUCGCUUCGGAGAGAGUACGACAAACAAACAAUUUUUCAAAGACGGAUUUAUUGUUAAGUAUCAAAAGAAUAACUGUUUAUUGUUCAAGACCAGAAAGUUCUACCACUAUCAGUUAUAAUUAGGCUACGUCGAAAGGCUACAUAGUCAAGAAAACAUUAAAGCUCAUCAAGCUUUGAACAAACCUGCGUCACUCCAGGUAUAUACAUCACUGACAUGAAUUGAAAGAUGUUGUUGCUUCGUAUAUAAAUAACUUUAGCCAUAGAAGACGUUUCAGUCUGCCUUGCACUUUUUGUUCCAAUACUGUAAAACAAGGCACGAAAU